AUGACCACAAGUAGCAUGAGUGCUGCUCUCACCGCCAGGCCCCUCGUGAGGUUCACUCGAGCGUUCCAUGUCGACGCUGCUGCGGCUAAGGGGCUUCCCAGUGUUAAUAUCAUCUUCGUUGAUCCUAAUGGGAAAAAGAAGACCGCGAACGCCCCAAUUGGGUGGUCGCUUAUGGAUGUUGCCCAUCUGAACGGAGUUGAUCUUGAGGGGGCUUGCGAGGGACAAAUGGCGUGCUCCACCUGUCACUGCAUAUUGUCACAAGAUCUCUACGAUAGCUUGCCGGAGCCUUGUGAUGAGGAGGAUGAUUUACUCGAUCUCGCCCCUGGGCUGGAGGACACGAGCCGUCUGGGAUGCCAGGUUAAGGUGACUGAAGACAUGGAUGGUCAAGAAGUAAAGUUGCCUCAGUCGACUGUUAAUUUCUAUGUUGAUGGUUACAAGCCGACUCCUGAGUAA